GAACAAUGGUGGACAUUUUCAAGUACGUAGGAACAGCAAGAGAUUGAAUAUGCCCGUAAACACUCCGGCCAGCUGGUCUGCGCAUGCUCUGAAGACGCGGCUAGGGAUGCCGUCUGGGGCAAUUUAUUACAUUCUUCCAAAUAGUAAAAGUGUGUAUUACCAUCACAUAAAAAGAUGCCAGAAAACUGUAUUCCUUCCGAAUGAACAGCCUCCCUAAUGUAUCCACCCAGUGAGCCUGAGCAGAAGCCUGAGGUAUUUCUGUGUUUGGGAUACAGCCUUGAGAUAUGUUUUUAGGGGGGGUGAUUCGCAAAUUACUUUGACUUCGGUGAGGACCCGUAGGGAGGAUAUCUUGUUACCAGGGCAGCCAGGAAGAAGCUACGCCACGGGGAUAGCUGUGUGUGAGUAUUUAUUGGACUCCUUUCGAAAAAAGCAAUCGGAAUCAUUCAAUAUGCUAGCCAACUAUUCGAAAUAUAACUAGGUCCAUAAGAGCUAAAUAGUAUUGCUAUCUAACGUUAGCUAGGUACGUGCCAUAGACAGUCCAUAAUGUCUGUGCAAGCCAGUCACAUCUGGCUCCAUCUUCGUCUCACCCGUUCUUGCCAUAACAGGUAAUGUUAGGUACCGUUAGCUAGCUAACGAGAUAUCUAAUGUUAGCUAGCACCAUUACAACUGAUGUAACUAACGUUAACGUUAUGUUAAAGCUACGUGUCGCAUACUAAAAAUAGGUCGUGACCAGAAGCGAAGUUGCAGCGCGAGAUGUUGUUGCGCCCUGGACCAGAGUUAAAAUCAAUGCAAACGUAAAUGUUGUCACAUUCACUGGCAAGCGGUUUCUAUUUUUGUUGUUGUUGUUGCUACAUUUGGUCACGUGCAUUAUCGGUUACUAUAAUAUAUCCCCACCAUAUGCAUUCAUUAUCCCUUAAUUUAUUUGGUUGCUAGCUAGCUCGCUAAGACAUACUUUUUCGGUCAUCACUCCCCGUCCUGCGUGUUGCAGCCAAUGACAUGCCAAUCACUGGCUUCAUCCCUAGGAGCAGGAAUGACCAUCCGGAAGGUUUAGUUCAGGAAGGCCACUGUGGAGUGCCUGGUCCAGAGCCACCAUCACCAUGGGUACAGCCUCCUCCCUGGUGAGCCCUGGGGAGGUGAUAGAGGAUGCGUAUGGGGGCGAGGGUGGGGAGGCCUGUGAGAUACCUGUGGAGGUCAAACCUAAAGCCCGCCUCCUGCGGAGCUCCUUUCGCCGAGGGCCCAGGGUGAUUGGAGCCAGCUUCAAAUCCACAGGCUCUGUGGACCUGGAGUACACCGCCGAAUACGAACGGCUCCGUAAGGAGUAUGAGAUUUUCCGGGUUAGCAAGAACAAUGAGAUCACCUCCAUGCAGAAGAAGGAGGCCAAGCUGGACGAGGAGAACAAGAGGCUGAGAGCUGAGCUGCAGGCUCUGCAGAAGACCUACCAAAAGAUCCUGAGAGAGAAGGAGAGUGCCCUAGAGGCUAAGUACCAAGCCAUGGAGAGAGCCGCCACCUUUGAGCACGACAGGGACAAAGUCAAACGGCAGUUUAAGAUCUUCCGGGAGACCAAAGAGAAGGAGAUCCAGGACCUGCUGCGAGCCAAGAGGGACUUGGAGGCCAAGCUACAGCAGCUGCAAGCUCAGGGCAUCAUGGUGUACGACCCGGACGACUCGGAUGACGAUGACAACCACACCACUGUCACAGCUGCAGGGACUCCGUGUGAUUACUGGGGUGGUGGAGUGCUGGGUAGUGAGCCCUCUAUGGGCAGCAUGAUGCAACUGCAGCAGACCUUCAGAGGACCAGAGUUUGCUCACAGCUUGUGCGAUGUGGAGGGCCCAUUUGCCAAUGUCAGCAGAGAUGACUGGGAUGCUGCUGUGGCCAGUCUGCUGCAGGUGUCUCCUCACGUGUCCCAGGCAUUAUGGAGCAACACGGUGCGCUGCUACCUGAUCUCGACUCAGGAGACACAGGCUGAGCUGGACAUCUUCACCCAGCCGGGUCUGAAAAGUACUAGCGUCUACCGCGCUAGCUUAAUUUACUUCCCCACAAUGAAUUCACCCAGCUACUCUCCUAGGCUGCGGAGUCUGUGUGAGGGGCUGGGCCAUUUCUACCUGAACAUCUGUUUCCCUGAGGAGAGUGCAGCCUCCUAUGCCCUGGAACGCAGACAGGAGAUGGAGCGGAGCUCUGUGUGUGUGCUCCUUCUUAAAUCCUCCAUCACUAGUUGUGUGUUGGAGGAUGCGGAGGAGGCCUUUGUGAAGAACCCAGACGGUCAUCCCCUGGUACUCUACCUCAGGACUGUGGAGGACCACCCUCUCAGCGGCCCAACCAGGCAACUGCUGGAGCGGGUCAACGCCGCAGACAAGGCAGCCAAAGUCAAGGUAGUGGACCAUGGUGGCUCCCCAGAGGAAGGAGCGUCUAUGAUCUAUACUCAGCUGGAGAAAGUAAUCAAACAGGAACUGCUGGGUUUGGAGGGCAGCGACGUGGACGGUAAGGAUUCGGGGAUAGACGAGGGGCGCGAGGAGGAUUCGGGGGACGUGCUGUGGGACCUGCAUGAUGAGCAGGAGCAGAUCGAGGCCUAUCAGCAAGCCUGCAGCGCCGCAGCUCAACUGGGCUUCCAGAAGUACAUAGAUCGUCUGAAUGACAUGGUGGCAGCCCCUCCUCCCACCCCUCCACUGCUGGUAUCAGGGGGACCCGGCUCUGGGAAGUCUCUCCUGCUGUCCAAAUGGAUUGAGCUGCAGCAGAAGCACUCCCCCAACACGUUGUUCCUGUACCAUUUUGUGGGGCGACCUCUUUCCACCAGCUCUGAGCCUGUACUCAUUAUUAAACGCCUCACUGUCAAGCUGCUGCAGCAUUUCUGGUCCAUCUCUGGGUUAUCCAUGGACCCCUCCAAAAUCCUCGAGGAGUUCCCUCGCUGGCUAGAGAGACUGUCUUCCAGACACCAAGGCAACAUCAUCAUCAUCAUCGACUCCAUUGACCAGAUACAGCAAGCAGAGAGGCACAUGAAGUGGCUGAUUGACCCCCUGCCGGUCAACGUCAGAGUGGUGGUGUCUGUCAACGUGGAGACUUGUCCCCAGGCCUGGAGACUGUGGCCCACCCUCCACUUGGACCCCCUGAACCCCAGAGAGGUGAAGAGUGUCAUCAACACAGAGUGCCUGGCAGCUGACGUCAAACUCACUAAAGACCAGGAUAAGAAACUGGAGAGACACUGUCGCUCUGCAUCCACAUGUAACGCCCUGUAUGUCACCCUGCUAGCCAAGAUGAUCACCAACUGUAGGUGUGCCUGGUCGUUGGAGAGGACUCUAGAGCAGUGUCUGCUGUGUCAGGACACCAUGUCUCUGUACAGAUUGGGCCUCAAGGUGGAGUUAGAUUCUCUCAGCACAGACGGGGAGAGACACGUCAUGAGAGAGAUGCUGUGUCUGGUGUGUGCCAGUCACAACGGUGUGAGUGAGUCAGAGGUGCUGGCGGUGUUUCCAGACCUGGGCCUGCCUGUCCUCUCCUCCCUCCUCUACACCCUACAGAGACUCUGUAUUGUAGGCCUGGGCUGUGGACUCAUCAGGUUCCAGCACCUACAGGCCGCGGAGGCCGUCCGGCUGGAGUUUAUGGAUGGAGGGACCUGCUCUCCUGCCUACAGAGAGAAGCUCAUCCACUACUUCAGCCAGCAACUCAGUCAGGACAGGGUGACGUGGCGGGUGGCAGACGAGCUGCCCUGGCUACUCCAGCAGCAGGAGGACAGGGCCAAGCUGCAGCUCAGCCUCCUUAACCUCUUUGUCUCCCAGAACCUCUACAAGAGGGGCCAUUUCUCUGAGCUGCUGGCCUACUGGCAGUAUGUGGGCAAAGACAAGAGCUCCAUGGCCACUGAGUACUUUGACUCUCUGAAGCACUAUGAGAAGAGCUGUGCGAGUGAGGACAGCAUGAUCAGGCUGGGCAACCUGUAUGAGACACUGGGUCGCUUCCUCAAAGACUUGGGCCUGCUCAGUCAGGCGGUAGCUCCCUUACAGAGGUCACUGGAGAUUCGGGAGACGGCCCUGGACCCGGACCACCCCAGUGUUGCCCUGUCCCUACACCAGCUGGCCGGGGUUUAUGUCCAGUGGAGGAAGUAUGGCAAUGCAGAGCAGUUCUACAAGCAGGCCCUGGAGAUCAGUGAGAACGCCUACGGCUCAGACCACGCCUGUGUCGCACGCGAACUGGACUCCCUGGCCAUGCUCUACCAGAAGCAGAACAAGUAUGAGCAAGCCGAGAAAUUGAGGAAGAGGUCUGUGAGGAUUCGCCAAAAGACUGCCCGCCAGAAAGGCCAUAUGUAUGGCUUCACUCUGCUGCGUCGGCGGGCCCUUCAGUUAGAGGAGCUGACUCUGGGUAAAGACACAGCAGAUUGUGCCAAGACCUUCAACGAGCUGGGAGUCCUCUACUACCUCCAGAACAACCUGGAGGCUGCCAAAGUGUUCCUGACUCGUUCUCUGGAGAUGCGUCAGCGUGUGUUGGGGCCGGACCACCCCGACUGUGCCCAGUCCCUCAACAACUUGGCGGCCCUACACACUGAGAGGAGAGAGUACGAGACCGCUGAGGACAUGUACGAAAGAGCCCUGGACAUCCGGAAGAGAGCCCUGUCCCCUGACCACCCCUCCCUGGCCUACACCCUGAAACACCUGGCAAUGCUCUACAAACGCAGGGGGAAGCUGGAGAAGGCUGUUCCUCUGUAUGAGCUGGCUCUGGACAUCAGGGAGAAGAGUUUUGGACCUAAACACCCCAGUGUGGCCACAGCAUUGGUUAACCUGGCUGUACUCUACUGCCACCUGAAGAAGCACAGUGAAGCGCUGCCCCUGUAUGAACAGGCUCUCAGAGUGUAUGAGGAUAGUCUGGGACGCUCACACCCACGUGUCGGAGAGACGCUGAAGAACCUAGCUGUACUCAGCUAUGAGGAGGGGGACUUUGAGAAAGCAGCAGAGCUUUACAAGCGAGCCAUGGAGAUCAAAGAGGCGGAGCCGUCUCUGGUGUGUGGGAAGGCCCCGUCUCGGCACUCGUCCAGUGGGGACACGUUUAGCCUGCGAGGGCCCGCCCCUCUCCCACAUGCCCCCAGGUGAUCCCUCCCUCUAUCUCCUCACCCCUGAGGGACCUAGAACACUAGGGCUCUUUCCCAAUGUGUCUUCCCUCUAUUCCACGUGUGACCUUUCCUCAUUGGUGGAGAAGGUCCAAGGGUAGGGACCUUGGAUUUUCUCCUCCAACGAUGCUCUUUGAGAAGGUGGUGAGAUAGGGUCUGGGGAAUCACGGAAAGGGAAUUGAAAUACAGCCAGGGUCCACAAUCUGCAUUCCUGAGAAGAAUGUCCAUGGAACUCUCAAUGGUUCUUUAUGCUGCUUUGAGAUGGAACAGUGUUGUAAUGUCGCCUGUUAAGUGUACUGUAGCUAACUGCCUUCAUGAAAAUAUGAAGUAUGCUUUAUUUAAUGUCUGUUAAAUGGCUGUAUUGUGUUUUGUUUUUUUAAAGAUAUAUAUUAAUGUAAUCAUGUAUUAUUAUUAUUAUUAUUAUGAAAGAAUGUGAAAUGAUGUCAACACCGCCCUUGUCGGGGCCUGAAACUCAGGUUAAGAAGGUUUUUUUUUUAUUCUAUAUUUACGAAUUUUUCCAAAUUUCAAUAGCUCACUGUUGGUACCUAUGGAAGUGUAUAACUGUUGAAAUGACAUUUUGAAUUUGAUAAUGGUAAUUGAUUCAUCCAUGUCACCAAUAACGUAAGUCGCUCUGGAUAAGGGUGUCUGCUAAAUGUCCAAAAUGGAAAUUCCUACAGCUGUACACUUCCAUAACUAUCGUAUGCAUGCUCAUAUAAAAACACAUUUUGGAGCUGUAUUGUCACAGAAUACUGAGCUCAGGUGCUUUUGCUGUGCCGGUUAUGCAAUCAGUGCCAAGUCUUCAUGCAGUACAGUAAUAGAUAUUUUAUUCAUGUAAACUAUGACAUAUGCCUGUUUCAAGAUGGAACCUUGAUCUCAUGCCAUGGUGCAUAUCAAUAAUUGUAUAUAUAUGGUCACUGAGCAGUUUUAAAUGUAUUUACCUCACGUGAAGUAUUUAUGCAAGUCAAAUAAUGGGUUUCAAACCCAUGCCAUCAGUUUUUCCAGAAUUCUGCCCUGUUGCAGAGGUUCUGACUUGUCUCACCACACAAUUUCACUGAGGUUUAGUCACUAGACAUCAAAUGGAAGGAAGCGGACCCUGAACUUGUCCAUCAUUUUGCUACUUUGUGCACUAAUGAAUAAGUUGAGCCUUCAUUGUCUGUGUGAAUGAACAUGAAGCCAAAGGUUACAUAAGGUACCAAAACCCUGUCAUAUGUGCCAAACAUACUAAGUGCAUGGUCUUACUGUGUACUCCUGUCAUUGUAAGAAUCUGUAAAUGAAAUACCAUAAACUAAUCAAAUGUAUUCUGGCUAAUAAAUACUUUAUUGAAACAAGGUGUGCACAGAGAGUCAGUCAAUACAGUUUCAGCAGAGACUGUUUUGGGUUACAGGUAUAUAUCAGUUUAAACAGCUGAGAGCAUGACAUGGAGUAGCAGUGGUCCUUCGUGCCACCACAACAAUGAAUGCAGAGCCCACUCGUUCUUCGUCGCGGUCUGGACCAGAGCGAGACAGGACGCAGGUACAGUAAAAGCAGGUUGGUCAUGCGGAGAAAUGUUAGGCCUCAUUCGCUAUCAUUCAAAAAAUAUUUUAGAUGGUGGGAAAUGCAUUAACAAUACAGUUUAAUUCAUUAAUAAGCAUUCUAUACAGUAGUCGUAGUAGAUCGGAGGCUUAGGGCAUCGUUCAAGCUGUACCACUGAAGCGUUAGAUUGCGUGGUAGAACCGUUUAGGUCAUUUCCGAUUGAGCCGACAUGCAACCUUUACUGUGAACUCGGUCUCCACUCAAGUGGGAAUAUUGCCCUUCAAUUUAAAUCACGCUGUAAUGCUGAACUUCGGCAAUAUUCAAUUCCGAGUGUUACAACAAUCUUUCCACUCAGUCAACAGCUGACACAUUAGCAUAAUUCAUUAGACCGAUAACAUCUGUAUGUACCUGGUCCAUUACAACAAAGAUAUUCAUUUCAGAGAAUUGCAUAAAAUUUAGGGUCAGGAUCGGUUAUUUCAACUACCAGUUUGUGCUCUCCGAUGCUGAAAUGGACAUUUCGACAGCUAUGUGCUUCCAUACUGAACGGGCGUACACUAGUAAAUUCCUACCUUUGGGGAAUAUGAAGAUCAUUCUCAACAGCAGCACUUAAGGUCAUUAACCAUGCAUGGCAUUCGCUUUGUCAAAAGAGCAAAAGUACUUGCAUUAAGGAGUAUUGAUACUGUAGUAGGGUUAGAGGGUAAGAUAGAACUUGGCUCCAUUUUAGAACAUGGAGAGACAGUAAGAUACAGCGUACCUCCUGCAAUGGAGCUUUGCGUGGCGUCUGCUUAGUUAUUAAAAAGGCGGUACACAGCAAAUUCUCCAGUGUUAAAUCAACGCAGUCUUAAAUGUAACUGUUCCAAUGUCUAUACGGGUCCACACUUUUCAGUGUUAAAUUACCACACUGGUUACUGUAAAGCCUCAUUAACGCCUUCAAUAGUAGAAAUGUUACACAAAAAAAAAAA